CUUACAAUGCUUAGCUUCUCGUUCUGUGCGGAAAACUCUCUUCCGGGUUUCUCCGCUGCGUCAUAAGGGGGCGCCUGCAUCACGCAUGCGCAGGAGGACGCAAGAGAGUCGCCAUUUUUUCCUGAGCGCUGCCUGAGGAGGCGCGUUGCCGUGUCAAUCAUGGAGAAUUAUCAGAAAUCCAAGACGGUGGAGAAGCCUUCUCCUCUUCCUUUCACCAACUUGCCCCCUGAUAUCAUUGAGAUGAAAGUGAAGGAUGGCAGCAAAAUCCGGAACCUGAUGGGUUACGCCAUCGGCAAGAUGGAGUCCGAUGCCAUGAGGCAGGUCCUCUUCAGCGGAGCGGGCAAAGCGAUCAGCAAGACGAUCACCUGCGUGGAGAUCAUGAAGAGGAGGAUGAAGCACCUCCACCAGAUCACCAAAGUGUUCUUCAAGCUAAUAGAGGAGAUCUGGGAACCCAUCGUUCCAGAGGCUGGCCUUGACCCUUUGACAGUGAAGCGGAACAUUCCUGCUAUUUGUGUCCUGCUGAGCAAAGACCCCCUGGACACUCAGGAGCCGGGGUAUCAAGCCCCAGGGUCCUUUGAUGCCUUCUGGUUGGAGACGCUCAAGUCAGAAUCUCAAGGCCAGGCCAAGAGGAAGCAGGGAGGAGGAGGAGGAGGAGGAGGAGGAGGCGGAAGAGGGUUUGGCCGGGCCGGGAAGCAUCCACGUUCCCUCGGACGAGAGGACUCCUACAAGAAGCCCUGAGGAAGCUGAGCUUCAGAUUGCCAGUAAUAGUCUCCAGAAGCAAGGAAAGCCAGACAGUUUUCACCCUAAUGUUGGAAACAAUGAGAGAGGGAAGUUAAAUCGAGGAGGGGAUGGGCAGAUCUGUCUGUCUGAACGUCAACACCAAGUCAUAGUGGAUGGAUUGAACAUGAAGGUCUUCUAGCUUUGAAUUUUCCCCUUACGGAGAGUUUUUCAUCUUAAAUUUGGAAAUAGUGAGAGAGGGAAGUUACAUUGGGGAAGGGGGAAAGGACAGAUGUGUCUGUCUAAGUGUAAAAACAAGUAUUAUUCAAUGGAUUGAAUAAGAAGGCUUUCUAGCUUUGGGUUUUUCCCUUAUGGGGAAAGGAUUUAGUGCAUUGCAUGAAAUCUGUUCAAGAAAGGGGUGCUUGGAAUAGUUGUGGAAAGGAAAUGCAGGAUCUUCCUUAGCGGUACAAGAAUGGCUGAUGGAGGCAGCUUUUCCCCUUCCGUUAUCUGGUUCUCUUGCCGUUGCAAGAGUCUUGCACGUUGCAAUUUUGUCAAAUUCCCAUAUUAUGGGACAACUUACUGGAUGCCCACUCCCAAAUCAUGAAUUGUUUUGCUGUUACUAUGAAACUUUUACUAACUCCUUACAGCUUCUGGGAAGCUCAAUACUUUAAAUAAAAAACUUAAACCUUCCUGGACAUUCAAGAAAGGAGAAUCACACCUUGGUUUGGCAUAAAGACAGGGAGAUGCUUGUUGGGCUGGGUUUUACUUGUGUGAUUGUGUGCCAAUUUGUGUCACAAAUUAAAAAGACUCAAACUAUCUUGUAAGACCUAAGAACUAUUGAUUGUGGGAUCUGAAAUUAUAUAUAUUUUUGGUUAAUAAAGUGAGGGGCAAUGUA